AUGGAUAGGGAGAAUCACCAGUCUGUCAAUAUGACAUUCAGUGUGCUGGGCUCUUCAGGCCCUGCUCUAGCACCACGAGUCGGCAAAUUGGCCAUUGCCGGACGCAAGGCACUGGCCACGCCGCAUUAUCUCCCGGUCACGUCGCGGGGUGUGGUACCCCAUAUUUCGCAAGACAAUGUGCGCAAUGAGACCGAUAUAAAUGCCUUAUAUGUGGGACUUGAAGAUUUCGACGCAAAUGAGUCGCCUUUGCGCAAAUUCAUGUGCGCUUCUCCCGAAUCGCCGUUGAUCCUAGGCUCGCGUCGGUUCCCUGCUAUCGCAUGCCCACCAGUCAAUACCGAGACCUCGAUCGCAAUCUCCACUUCUGAUGGAUACCGCCAGCUACCCGGCGAGCAGUAUAUAAAGACGAUACAAAAGUUCAAGCCCGAUGUCGUGAUUGGACUUGCUGAUAUGGUCCUUGGGAGGCCACCUGGCAACAAGAGGCGGGGGAAGAUGGUAGAUCGUACUCAUGCAUAUACCAGAGAUGCGCUGGACCGAUUAUACGGCGAUGCGGUCCCUGAAGCUGAGAAAUGUCAAGCGGGAUACUUUGCGCCGAUUCUGCCCCUUGAUAAUGCACAGCAGACACUCUAUUUGGAUGAUUUGGAAACCGAGUUCCGUGCUCGUCUCGCUGGUCUGGCACUGUACGAGUCUGCUUCCCUUUCUUUUAUCCCCGAGUCUUUGGGUGCUCUGCCCCGCCUACUUUUCAGUGACCCUAGUGGUCCUCAUGAAGUCCUCCGUGAGAUCUCACUUGGUGCAGAUCUUGUGACUCUUCCUUUCGUCGGAGUGUCAUCUGACGCAGGCAUUGCGCUGGAUUUCACCUUCCCUGCCCCUCCCCAAGAGAACGGGAAUGAGCCUCUCGCCCUUGGAAUAGAUAUGUGGUCAUCCCAGUAUGCGAAAGAUACAUCUGCCUUACGUCAAGGUUGUGAAUGCUAUGCUUGCCGACGCCAUCAUCGCGCCUAUUUCAACCAUCUCCUGAAUGCGAAGGAAAUGACUGCCUGGGCACUCCUUCAAAUGCAUAACUUUCACGUAUUGGAUCUGUUCUUCCAGGGUGUGCGAGAAAGCAUUCAGCGUGGGUCUUUUGAGGAAGAUGUCAGGGUCUUUAAUCGUGUCUACGCCUCCACGUUACCCGAUUGCACUGGCACAGGACCUAGACUACGUGGCUACCAAUUUCCCUCUGCUUUAACCAACCAGCCCCGUCGCGCACCCCGAGUUUAUGGACGCCUGGAUGAUGCACUAAAGAAGUUCCAAGAUUCUCAGUCCUCCGUCGCUACCCCAGAUACCGACGCAGAUGGUCUCGAGCAACAUGGUUUCGCUUCUAAGGUUUAA